AUGGAGCGAUCGGCCAAAAAGGCAGAAACAUUUUCGUUACAAUUUUCUUUCUUCCUAUUUCGUUCAUGGCAGCCUUCUUCGCCAUCAACAUUGACGAACUGCAGGUUGCAGAGAAUGGCAAGCUGCCACUGGCAUACGUGGUCAAAUACAUGUGAAUGGGUCUUUCUAUUACAUUCACUGCCAUUGCAUUUAAUUUGGAUCUCGUCGCAAAAGGGCUGCGUGCGAUCAGGUCCCUAG